AUGUUGAAAGAGCAAGCUCAGCGCGCUAUGGAAAGGGCUAUGCUCGGCGUUUCUCUGAAGGAUCGCAUCAGAAAUGAGAGAGAGCUGAAUGCCGUAGACUUCAAAGUGUCCGCGGAUAUGAAGUUUGUGCUGCUCAUAUCUGAUGUGAGACCGGGCUGGAGGCACGCACGCCUCGCGAGGUACCACGUGUAUGACAUCAUCAACAGGAACAAAAUCCCCAUAUCACCGGUGGAGGACGACCGGUCGGCGCCGCUGCUACAGUACGCCGAGUGGUCGCCCACCGGCUCCAGCCUGGUGUUCGUGCACGACAACGACAUAUACUACAAGCCCAGGGUGCUGAAGACCCUCGUCUGUAGGAUCACAAACACAGGAAUCCCAGGUGUAAUCUUCAAUGGGGUACCCGACUUUCUGUAUGAAACCGAAGUCCUCCGGCUGGACAGAGCCCUAUGGUUCAGUCCAGAUGGACAGACGCUCAUGUACGUCACCUACAACGACAGCCAGGUUCAACAGCACAAAUACCCCUGGUACGGGCUGGACCAGCCAGAACCACCUGCGUAUCCGUCCAUACGCAGCCUGAGGUAUCCCAAGGUGAACACGAACAAUCCAGUCGUGACAGUGUACGUGGUUAGCCUGAAGACGCCUAAGUUUUUGUUCCCGCACGCGAUACAGUUCACUUCGCAGGUGGACAAAUCAUGGUACGUCCGGUGGAGCGGAUGGAUGUCGGAGCGGCAGAUAGCGGUGCUGCUGCUCAACCGGCCCCAGAACUACUCCAUCAUUAGCGUCUGCAGCGCCGUGCACUACAACUGCCAGGAUAUCUACCGCGAUGAAACAGACGGCACGCGUUGGUCCGGACUAGGGGCCGAGCCUGAGGACGAAGACUGCGGCUGGUGUGGCGGCGCCGCGCUACUGGCUAGCAGGGAGGGCGUGUUCACAUCGCUACCUAGCGUGGAGGCGGGCGGGGCGGGCACGUGGCGGCACGCGGCGCGCCUCACCGCGGACUCGCGCGCCACACUCACGCACGGCGCCUACGAGGUCACCGCGCUGCUCGCGUGGGACGCGCGCCGCACGCUGCUUUACGUGAUGGGCACGGCGCCGGACCGCGCGGGCGAGCGGCACCUGUACCGCGUGCGCGUGCCCGCCGACCCCGCCGCCUGGCCGCCGCCCGCCGCCUGCCUCACCUGCCCCGCCGGCGCCACCGACUCCGGCGACGCACCACCUCUACAAGAAACCGCAGACCCCACAGAGUUCGAGAACUCAACAUCCUCGCUGCCUUGGUGGCCGACGUCGACGGUGUUGCCCCACGUAUCCGACGAGAAUGACUCACUGCCCACCGAGUGCCUCUUUAACAGGAUUAUGUUCAGCAAGAACUACUCGUACUACGUGCAGGAGUGCCUCGGGCCAGGCGUGCCCGCCGCAUGGGUAGUGUCAGCAGUAGGCGCGGGGUCGGGGGCGGGGAGGGGCGCGGGGGCGCGGCGCGCGGUGCUGGCGGACGGGGCGGCGGCGCGCAGCCAUUUCGCAGGACUCGCUACUCCGCAGUUUAAAGUCUUCCGAGUUGAGGUACAAACCAAUAGAGAGGCGCGGGUGAGGCUUCUUCUGCCGCCUGGAUUCAGAGAAACAGACGACCUUCCUCUGCCUUUAGUCUUACAAAUCGGGGCGUCGCCGGGCGGGCAGCUGGUGACGGAGCGCUGGCGGCCCGGCUGGGGCUGGUACUUAGCUGCGGCGCGCAACUUCAUCGUCGCGGAGAUCGACGCUAGGGGCUCUGGAGGACAGGGAGAAGAGAUGAGAACAGAAAUAUAUAAUAAGCUUUUGACGGUAGACGUAGAAGAUCAAAUUGCAGUAUUAUCGUAA